UUCAUCAAAAGUUCUGAUACAGAAUCGGAUGCAUCCAGUCAAAUGCUUCCAGUCAUUUUCCGUUUAGUUAAAAGAGGUAGUUGAUAGUAUAUUCCACUAGUAUUCCUAUAAAAUAUGACACACUUCAAUCUUCCUAAACUCAUAAUUUCCUUCACUUAAACAACUGUUUCUCUGAUUACAACUUCUCAGACGGCUAUACACACCCUCCUCCUAAAAUCAUCAUGCACCUAAGCUUUUCUGUUCUCUCUCAAUCCAUGAUCACCUUUUUCUUCUUUCUUCUAAUCCCUUUUGCAUCUCCGCUGAGCUUCAAUUUCACAAAUAUUGCCCCCAACAAUACAAGAGGCUCCAUAAACGUCACAGGAGAUGCUUACAUUUCAGACAAAGGCAUCCAGCUCACCCCGGAUCCAGAUGAUCACAACACAUCGUCGUUACAAUGGAAAGGAGGCCGAGCCACGUAUAUCGAACCCCUGCGCCUUUGGGACAGGGCUGCAGGACAACUAGCGGACUUCAAUACACAUUUCUCCUUCUUCAUCGCUAAAAGAUAUUACAACGACUCUAUUGGCUACGGGCUUGCCUUCUUUCUUGCUCCCAACGGCUCAAAUAUCCCCAAAGAUGCAUUGGGUGGUCGCAUGGGUCUCACCAACAGCGAAGAGGCGAAUGCUUUCGUCGCGGUGGAGUUUGAUACUUACAGGAACAAUGAGUGGGAACCUGACACAGAUUUCAACCACGUAGGUAUCAAUAUCAACUCUUCAACUUCUGCUGUUAAUAAGCCAUGGUAUGAUAUUUUCAAUAAUGGGACAACAAAUGAGGCUUGGAUUAGCUACGAUUCUAGCUCCAGAAAUCUUAGUGUUGUGUUCACACUUGUUGGAGAUAAUUCCACUAUCCAAAAGCAUGACCUUGGUUAUGUAGUCGAUCUUAGAGAAAACUUGCCGGAGUGGGUUACUUUCGGCUUCUCGGCCUCAACCGGAGAUCUCUUCGAAAAAAAUAGCAUCAAAUCGUGGGCGUUCAACUCCACUUUACGAAAUGUUACUGAUACAAAAGAGGAAAACAAGACAGCACCAGCACCGAAUGGAACUGAGGAAAACAAUAGAGCACCAAUGGUGGAGUUGAGCGUUGGCUCGUGUGCUUUGGUUUUGUUGGGCUGGCUUUGGUUGGCUUUGUCUGUUUGAUGUAGAUCAUUAAUGGUUUUUGCAUCUUUAUUAUUAUUAUUUUUUUCCUGAUAUGUAAUUCAUCGGGAAUAAUUAAAUAUAUAUAUAAUUUUUCUCUUGAA